AUGACGGACUCUGUUCAGAGUGGUCCUUCAGAUACCAAGCCUAGUGAUACCCCGGUCAAGCGACGACCGCCGAAGCUGAGACGCAAACAACCGCCGCCUGCUGCGGAAUCAUCUUCCGUCGAACAGGCUACUACUGGGGAUCGUUCUCCUAAGGAAGAUCCUCCUGUCGAGAAGCCAUCUACUGCUGAAGAAGCUCUUCCUACUGAGAAGUCUCCUACUGAAGAACCAGAGAAAUCCUCGUCUAGCGAGGAACUCCCUCCCAUCGAGAAACUCUCACUUAACGACGAAACGUCUUCUACUGAGGAGCAUCCUCCACCUGAACAAUCGCCUCCUGUCGAAGGAACAUCCACCGAGGAAGUGCCUCCAGCCGAAGAAGGCCCUCCUACUGAAGAAGCAUCUCCUAUCGAAGAAGACCGUCCGACCGAAGAAUCCCCGACUAAGGAAGCACCACACACCGAAGAACCCAAGGAGCAAGCAUCCCCGCCCAUCCCAAUCGACCAGCCGAUCCAAUCACCAACCCCUGACCCCACGACCGACGAAAUGGACCCGCGGCCAGAGUCCGCCUCCUCCUUCCAUGACGACGAGAGCGGUGCCAGCUCCCCGCAACCGCAGCCAGAACCAGAACCCGAGCCGCCACGCCGCCAACGGCGCCAACAACGCCGACCAGCGACGCCCCAGCGCGAGCCCUCGACGGCAUCAAGCUACCGCCAGGUCCGGCGCCGCAACCAGCGCGGCGCAAACCAGGAGCUUCUCCCGCUGGGCUCGCUGGGCGACACGGGCAACCUGACGCAGGGCGCCGGCGAGCUCGUCCAGAAUACGGCGGGCAAGGCUGUGAACACGGUGGGGGACACGGCCGGGAAGGCGUUGGGGGGUGUGCUUGGGGGUGGCCAGGUGCAGGGCCAGGGCCAGAACCAAGAGAAGGGUGGCAAGGAGGAGCAGCUUCGGUUGCGGCUGGAUUUGAAUCUGGAUGUGGAGGUGCAGUUGAAGGCGAAGAUCCACGGGGAUUUGACGUUGCAGCUGCUGUGA